ACAACAGCAUCAAUAUAGCGUGCAGGUGAGAGCCAGUCAUCUUUCGUCGACUUAAUAUUGGUUGUAGUGAUCCUUACUAUUGCCUUCUUGGCAGGAGGUUCAAUUGAUAGUACGUGACGACGAUGUCUCUAUCAGAGAGGGCAAAAGCAUUUUCCAUGGAAGCUCUCCUUGCGGCUGAUCCAGAUAAAACGAGUGAAAACGAUAAUGAAGAACUUUCUCCGGUGUUUGAUGCUGCUGCCUCCCGUGGAGUGAGUUCGUCAGGGCCCCACAGCGUUAACUUGGCUGUCCCGGCCGGUCACCGACCACUGGGCCCACCGUGCGGUCACCCUGCGCCACCAACACUGCUGAGGACUGGUGAAGAGGCGGCAGAAAGAGACGAGUUUCAAGGCAACAUUUUUCCGUACCCUGGAGAGGCAGACAGGUCUUCGCCACAUGAGUCAACUGAAACGGACGGCUGCCAGGACGACGACUUGCCCAUCGCCAAGACUACCGACGGCGUGACGGUGUCGCUGGAAAAGGCCGGUUUGUGGCGGAAGUUCCAGGAAUGUGGCACGGAGAUGAUUCUCAACAGGGCUGGCAGACGGAUGUUCCCACCCGUGAUGGUGACUAUCGGCGGUCUGGAUCCCACCGCCACAUACAGGGUGUACCUGGAUGUAGUUCCAGCUGACAGACACCGUCACAAAUUCACUAAGACCGCCUGGGUCACAACGGGACCAGCAGAAUUCAGCUUCUCCAAUCCUCCGUACGAACACCCCAACUCCCCGGCCAUAGGGUCAGCCUGGAUGGGAACUGUGUCCUUCGCCAAGGCCAAGAUCACCAACAGUAAAGACAGUGUUGAUGGCAACUUCCUUCUCCACUCGAUGCACAAGUACCAGACAAACAUUAUCAUCGUGCGCCAAGAAACAAAAAAGAAGGCCCAGGGUCAUCACGGUGACCACAGGCAUACCUUCCAGUUCGACGAAACAGCCUUCGUGGCGGUGACGGCGUAUCAGAACCACAAGGUCACACGUCUGAAGAUCAAGAACAACCCGUUCGCCAAGGCAUUUCGAGAUCUGGAUGUCACGGCGGUAUUGGCAGGUGCCCGACUACUGACCGGAAGUGACGCAGGCGCCUAUCAAGCGGUGUAUGGAGAUAGAGGGUAUCCAUGCAGUGGACCUAUUGUGAUGGACUCCAACCAGAUACGUCUGUCUACAUCGAAGAGCACCAGAGCCAAACAGCGUUAUCCAAAAUCCAUGAGGGAAAAUAAAGUCUUCCGCCCAACUCCCAUCUGGGCGCUGCCCGCGUGUGGCUUCCCGUAUCCAAAUGGGAACUGGAGUCCCGAAGGAAACAUCACCACUCUCCAUCCUCCACCCAGCCCUGUCCUGCUGCCUGCCACACACCACUCCCCAACACACUAGUCAGAAACGUAAUCCGACAACAAACGUCUCUCUGUAAGGCAUCUAUCAUUCGUACCAUGAAUAAGGAGUCCAGAGUAAAGCUGGAGAAAUAAAUCCAUUUGGGCUGAAGAUUUCGGAAGCUAUAAAUUCUCUUGUAGUCUAUCAGUCUACCUUUUAAAACUGUCCUUCACAAAAGUAGAACUCUUAGAUUCGCGUCAAAUAUGUAACGUUAAG